AAUAUUCAUCUGGCUGUUUUUCAUCGUUUAUCCGGACAAUCUUGCUGACAAUAAGGUACAAGUUAUGGUCCGGAAGGGUUUGGAGAGUCUGGAUGCUAUUGACGAUCCAUGGUUGAUGUCGUUUGGGCUGUUUCCGGCGUUUUUGAUUGCUGUGGCUUGCGUGCAGGUUCCAGAUAGAGAGCUGUUGGGGGAGCAAUUAGAUAGGAUUGAGAUGGCUCGUCGGUUUCGGAAUGUCCAGGUGUGUAGGAAUGUAAUUCGGAAUUCCUGGGCGUGCUAUGAUGCUGGGGAGCGGAAAAGUUGGGAUUGGAUUCGUCUUAUGAAGGCACAGGGGCUGAGCAUGUCGGUAACUUAGAUUGGAUUGGCGUUUUCG